AUGGACGAUGGUGGUGUCGAGAGAGCAAAAUAUCCAUCCAUCCAUCCAACUACACUAUACCAACCAAACAACGGCAACCAACUCUCCUGGAACAUUCCAUCUCGUGUUCUGGCCCGCUCCAGCCCGGACCCGCCGGCCGGCCACCCUCUCACCCUCUCAUUCAUUCAUCUAUCGUCUCAAUUGAAAGCUGAAGCUGAAGCAGCACUUGCAAUUGUGCGCCAUCCCCACCAUGGCCUCCCUCAGUCGCUCCAACACCAUGCCCUUCUCGUCCUCGUCCCCCGCUCAGAUUCGUUCAUCCGCCCGCGCCAGCCCAGCCUCGACCUGGACCGCGACCUCCUGUCCACGCGCGGCCAGCGCCUGGGGGGUCUGAUCCGUCGCCGCUCCCUCUCCAUCCAAAGCUCCGACGGCUUCGAUGAGCUGGACCGCUCCGAUGAGGUCUUUCGCCCGCCCUUCGAACGCGCCCGGCGCCUCAUUGGCGACAACAGGCCCAUCUAUCGCUGGCAGACGUACUAUAAAGAUCCGGCCACACUGAAGGCCCUGUCCAAGCCCAUGCGCGAGUAUUACGAGCGCAACAACGACCUCAUCGCGCAAUACUUAUACAUCGACCGGCUGCUGGAUUCCUCGCUGCCCCAUCGUCUCAUUGUGGAUUAUCACCAACCCACAGACCCCCCGGAUUCGAUCGACGAUGGCCCGCGGUCCUAUGGCGCUGUCGGCGACAACGCCAGGGCCGCAGGCAAGAUCAAACGGACGCCGCGCAAUCUCUAUCGCAUCCCCAGUGAGAGCUCGCCACUGCUCCCCUCGCCGCCAGAGGAACGCGAACGCACCCCGUCGCCCUCGUCGCCCCCGGAGCUCAUGCCCGAGGAGAACGAGUUCGUCGACAGUGGCGACCGCAUCGUCACCGUCGCCAUCUACGUCAACUUCGUCGCCAACAUCCUCCUGCUGGCCGCCAAGAUCGUCGUCAUGACCAUGACCAGCUCGCUCUCCGUGCUGGCCAGCUUGGUCGACGGCGCCCUCGACUUCCUCAGCACCGCCAUUGUCUGGGUCACCACCACCCUCAUCAACCGGCAGGAUCGCUCCCGCUACCCCAUCAGCCGCCGGCGGCUCGAGCCCCUCAGCGUGCUGGUCUUCGCCGUCGUGAUGGUGACCUCCUUCGUCCAGGUCGCCAUCACCUCGGCCGGUCGCCUGCUCUCGACCGACCACGCCGUCGUGCAGCUGUCUGUCCCCUCCAUCGCGGUCAUGGCCAGCACGGUCAUCGUCAAGCUGAUCUGCUGGUUCUGGUGCCGUCUGAUCCGCAACUCCAGCGUGCAGGCCCUGGCGCAAGACGCCAUGACCGAUGUCGUCUUCAACCUGUUCAGUAUCCUGUUCCCGUUGAUUGGCUCCUUCACCAACACCUGGUUCCUCGACCCCCUGGGCGGUCUCCUUCUCUCCCUGUACAUCAUCUACAAUUGGAGCGCGACGGCGAGCGAGCACAUCGGGCACCUGACGGGGACGGCGGCCUCGCCCAAGGACCACAGCAUCCUGCUGUACAUGACGAUGCGGUUCUCCAAGGUGAUCCUCAAGAUCCAGGACCUGAAGGCCUACUACGCGGGCGACAAGCUCAACGUGGAGGUGGACAUUGUGCUGGAGCCCAAGACGCGGCUGCAGGACAGCCACGACGUGGGCGAGAGCCUGCAGUACAUGGUGGAGAGCAUCCCCACGGUGGACCGCGCGUUCGUGCAUAUCGAUUAUGACCCGUGGAAUAUUCCGAGUCACAUGAACCAGGUGGAGCGGUGAGAUGGCAUGUCACAUGGAUCUUUGGGAUAUUUACCGUGUUGGACAUGAUUAUCUGGAUUGGAGCCUGGUGGUGAUGUUUUCUUUUAGAAGAUAGUUGGCUGGAUGUCUAGUAGUGGUUGAUUUGAGGUCUCUAUCGAGACCGGAACAAAAUAGGUCGACUUGAAUAGUUGAUGAGAUCUUGAGACCUCCACGAUCUGUAACAGGCAUGAGUAGAACAAUAGAUCUUGUUCAAUUUCCGCAUGCAUGCCAAACCAUUUCCC